AUGAAAGUGUUCUUGGUGUUCUCAAUUAUUUUAAUUGUGGUUCUGGUUCUGCUUCAGGGAACCGAAUCUGCUCCAAAUAAGAAGAAAUGCGGAGAGAAUGAAGAAUUUCUAGCUUGUGGAACAUCAUGUGAACCUAAUUGUAUCGAUGGAAUGGUGGUAAGUAUAUCUAUUUUUAGAUUUUUUUGGGAACGAAAUAGGUACAUAAAUUGAAAUUUGAUCCAUUCUCUAUUUUGAAUUUGAUCAAACCUCAAAAUAUGCUAAUCCCUCUUUUUUUUCCUAAUUAACCUUUGUCUUUCAGUUGUUCUGCACAAAACAAUGUGUAAUCGACGUAUGUCAGUGUAAACACGGCUUCUACCGAAAUAAGGACAAGAAAUGUGUGUCGCGAAAUAAAUGUUAA